CUGGCCAGCCAGACAGUCAAAGAAUAUCCGCGUAAAACGUCAUGUACAGAAAAAAUAGUACAAAAAACGCUUCAAAUAAUGAUUUUAUUUCACUAGUAUUUCUUUCUACAUUGAAAAUAUAAGCCAAUAUGUCAACGCAUCCGUUUAUUUUAGAAAUGCCUUUGCAACUGGCCGACCAACAUUUUGCAUUGGCACUUACACCCGAGGACAUUUUAACGGUGGUUGCUCCUCAGUACUCAAACGACUACUACAGACCCUGGAAGGAGUUGUCGUCAUUGAUGAGCAACUUUGGUACCAAAAUCAAGUCCGACAGAGCAAAAUUCCAAAUCAAUUUGGACGUACAACACUUUGCUCCUGAAGAGAUUUCGGUGAAAACCGCUGAGGGGUUCGUCGUUAUCGAGGCUCAGCACGGAGAGAAGCGAGAUGAACAUGGGUGGGUGUCCCGUCAGUUUAGGAGGAGAUACCCUCUUCCAGAAGGAUGCUGCCUAGACUUUGUAGAAUCUCGCCUUUCAUCAGAUGGAGUUCUAACAGUUACCGCACCAUUAGAACGUCCUGUGGGUUCAAAUGAACGCAUUGUACCUAUUGUUCAGACUGGACCAGUGAAGAAGCUUGGCUCCAGAGGUGAAACGGGUGAUGGAGAAGCUCCUCAAAGGUCUCUCGGACAGAAUGGAGAGUAAAUAUAAACUUGCAUCUGCUGCAGUGGGCAUCACGCCAAGCUCAGAAUAGUUUUGAUCGUGAACCUUAUAAACAUUAAAUUCCCUGUGAUUCAUGGGCUAUAAUUAUUAUUUAUGCCUGACUUACGCCAAGAAAACGUAAUCUAAUUCGCAUUUUCAAUUUUCCAGAAAAAGCAUUUUAUAACAGAAUUACAGAAAUUAUAGUUUAUUAUUUUAA